UAUGAACUAUUUUACUGAAAAGAAAAACUGACACAUAGAGCAUGUCUUGAGUUCACUUAUUGAUUAACGGUGUAUAGUAUUGUGAUUUGCCUGAAAUAAUAUAAAAAAUAUUAAUAUUUAAGUACCAUUUCAUCUCCAGAGCUAUUCUACUACUUCUUGCAUCUAUAUUGCUAAUCAUAUUAUUUAACGAUUAAAUAAACAUUUAGGAUAUUAUAAGAUAUUUUAUCAUAGAUAAUACAAUGUCUGGAAACAUGACCACUUUACGAAGACAUCAUUCUACAUUCUCUCAUACAAUGAAUAAGUUUAAAGCUAUGGAUAAAGCAAACAAUCCCCAGGGUGCAAAACCAAAUUUUGCAUCCGGUGGAAAAGGAGCACAACCUAAUGCAAAACAGAUUAUGCUUGAUUGGUGUAAAGCUGUAACUAAAGGAUAUGAGGGUGUGGACAUACAAAAUUUUGGAAGUAGUUGGGGUGAUGGUUUAGCGUUUUGUGCAUUAAUUCACCACUUUUAUCCUGAUUCAUUUGAUUUCUCUACAUUGGAUCCAAAAAAUAAACGAGAAAAUUUUGAAUUAGCAUUUGAAAAAGCUGAGAAACUUGGCAAUGUUUCUCCGUUACUUGACAUUGAGGAUUUAAUGCGUAUGAAAGUACCUGACUGGAAAUGUGUCUUUACACAAAUUCAAUUGUAUUAUCGACGUUUCCAUUUGGAGGAAGGUAAAAAUGCAACUGUUCCUCCAACUGGUAUCCUUCCUAAAGCUGCCCCGAAAUCAGAGAAUACGGAUGAAUAG